AUGUCUCUCAAUUGUUCAGCCGAACUAAACAGAAUCGAUCCAACUACAGUUUCGAUCAAAUAUAUUGUGGGCGGAUGGCUAACAUUGAUCUUCUCGAUAUUUGGUAUUAUUACCAAUAUUUUUACGGUGGUUAUUUUGCUUCAUCCACGUAUGCGAAACAGUUCAACACAUGUUUAUUUAAUGGCAUUAUCUGUAUGCAAUGUUUUUCUAUUGCUCGGUCUUGUAAUUAAUUAUUCGAUUAAGUCCAUAGCUUCAUACCCGGAAUUGUUAGCUUAUCUAUAUCAGCCAGAUACAAGAAAUCGAAAUGCUUUAUUAGCCAAUAGUUACGAACAAUUCUAUGCACGUGCUGCACCCUUUACAACACCAUUACUUUCUAUGCUACUACUAUGUAGUACUUAUUUAACAGUACUGCUUAGUGGAGAUCGAUAUUUUCUCAUAUGUUGGCCAUUAUUAGCUGAAAAAAUACGUAGUCGUAAAACAUCAUUGCGUUUAGUUUUACUUUUGAUUAUCAUUGUUAAUAUUUAUAUAUUACCACAUUGGUUUGAAUACCGUACAGAAACACGAGCAAUAAAAUUCUAUUUAUCAUCAACAAAUUCUACGGUAAAUUAUAGUUCAUCUUAUAAACUAGUUGAAUUAGCAUAUGCAAGUCUUGGGUCAAAUACAAUUUAUUUAUCAAUCUAUCGCUUUUAUUUAAAUGUUCCAAUAACAUUUGUUAUUCCAUUUACUCUGUUAACUUUAUGCAAUGGCAGUAUGAUUCAUCAAUUGUUAUUAAUUAAAAGGAAAAAAAAGCGUUUAGGCCAACGUAUGAAAGCAGAUAUUCGUAUAACAAUAAUGUUAAUUGUUAUUGUUUUAACAUUUAUGUUAUGCCGUUCAAUAAAUUUAUUUGUUAAUUUACUUGUUCAACUCUCGCCAUGCUUGAAUAAAAAUUCUUUACAACGUUUUAACACAUUUGCGAAUUUAUUAAUUGCAUUUAAUGGUUUCAUUAAUUUCUUUUUAUUUGCUGCAUUCGGUCAACGUUUUCGGGAAAUGAUUCUCUAUAUGGUUUGUCGACGUGGACAAUAUUCGUUUAGAACCAAUUAUGAAGGUGCAAGCGUACAACGUUGUGGUCCGACAGCUGCAAUGCCGUCAACGGAUCAUCUUCGACAGAGAUCAAAUCAUUUACCAACCACUGAAAUUGAUCCUUGGGGAGCUAUAGCACGUCGACGUUCAUCCGCAACUAUGACUACUUCAUAUAAUUCAUUGAAUAAUCAAGCAAAACUACGAACACCGACAACAAUGAGAGGUCCGCAUUUACACAUUCCAAUAUGUUUAAAGGAAACACAAAAUUCAUCGAUGAAAAUAACAUCAUCACCUUUUAUGAACUCAUCUAAUCAACAAUUGUUAGCAGAUACUCGUUCACUGACCGAAUUGAAUAAUAAUCACGAAGGUAAUUCUAGUCUAAUUUGUAUUGAAGUAGAAAAACUAGAUGAUCAAACGCAAACAACAAGUGCCCUUCAUGUUACAUGUGUUUAA